GCAAAAGCAAAGUAGUAAAAACCCCACUCUAACUUGCUCCUUCUCACACACAUUCAAAUGCAAAUCCCGCCACCCUUCUCUUUCAUAUAACAAAAUUCAAAUCCUACUUUUGUUGCUCCCAUCCCAUAACCAUUGCCUUUCUCUUUGGAGAGUCAGUGAAUCCAAAAAGAAACCCCAUUUCACUUUUUUUUUUUAUCAUUCUUCUCUUUAGCUCUUUUACUUGUUUACUAAACCAUUCAAUUCAACAUGAAGCUCUUGACAUCAUCAUCAUCAUCUUAUUCAUCAAUCCCAUCAUCUUCAUCCUCCCUCAGUUUGGACCCAUCUUUGUGCAACUCCAAAAGUGUCACUGCAGGGUGUCUCACAGCCAUCUUGAGAAGGAUUCUCUGCUCUGGAGGCCUUCCAACACACCCAUCAGACCAAAUCAGAGAACUUGAUUCAAUGUCAAAGAUGAGUGGCAAAGUUCAAGAAUUGAAGACUAAACAAAACACUGAAUCUACCACCACCGUCACUUUUUCUACUACUACUACUACUACUAUUACUCGUGGGAUAGUAGAAAGGUUAAUGGGUUUGGAAUCAAUGGUAGAGAGAGAUACAAAUACAACCAAUGAAGCAACAUCAAGUUCUUCACUUCCACGUAGCAAAUCCAUGAACUCUAUGGACUACUUGGGGGAAUACAAGCGAAUGGAGGGUCUCCAUAAGCGAGCUAAGUCUUCAUCAUUCCGUGAGGUUUCAACUUUCCACUUGCAUGAAAAUGAGAACUUCUUGGUACUCAGCUUCGAAAGUGGAUGUGAUGGUGGAGAAUUCAGGUCCCAAAAAGGGAUAAAAAAAGAAAAGGCUUCAAAAGAGAGAAGUGAGUUGAAGAAAAACAAGAGAGAAAAGGUGCAUGAUGAGAAGGAGAAGGGGAACUUGUCUGACAUGUCUUCUGCCAAUGUUGGUAAACAUGGACUUGAAUUUGCCAACACUUCAGCACUGUUCAUGGCUUGUUCUGAAAAGGAGUACGUUGGUUCAGAAACUGAGAGAUUCUCACACCCCGUGAAGCGCAAGGAAGUAACCAAUGGUGAGAAAGUGAAGAGGAAAAAGAAGGGAACAACAUGUUAUGCUGAAGAGAAGGUGGACACUGAAUGCAGCUCAGAAGAUUCAAGCCCAGUUUCUAUCUUUGAUUUUGAGCGUCAAGCUCCUGGAACAGAGGUGGAUUCUUUUGGUGUUGACACGAGUUGGAGAAGAAAAUUGUCACCAGAGCUUGAAAAUGAGCAGCUUGAUAACUUGAUGAUUGAGGAGAUGAAGGUUAAUACAAUUGAGGACAACAAACAUGAAGGGUCAAAGAAAAAUGAGAAGCAAAGCCAGGAGUGUGUAGAUAUUUGGGGAGAAAUUUGUAGGCUAGUUGAAGGUGAAUUGGGAUCAAAUAAGUUGGAGGAAGGGUUGUGGAAACAAGAUGAUAUUGAAAGUGUGUGUGCAGGUUUUGAAUCGCAAAUUUUUGAUCAUUUGUUAUAUGAACUUAUAGAUCAACUAGUUGGGAAUCCCUUGAAAGCAUUGCAACUUCAAAAUUUGUAAAACAAGCAAAUUAAUGAACUGUAAAAAGAUUUUGAUUCU